AUGGAGGCCGCCGCUGCCGCCGCGCCUACUCUCUCUUGCUGGGAGUUCUCGCUCGACGCCUCGAGCUCCACGGCGCGGUCGCGCGGGCACUUUACGGCCCCCGUCCCCUUGCCGUCGCCUCCGGGCUUCGCUUUUGUCGAGUCUGCCUUCUCCACGGCGCGCGCCGCGCCUCUCCCUCGCUCUUCUUCCUCUUCUUCUCACGCUGCUUCUUCCUCUUGUGCUGGCGAGCUGACGCGCGAUGAGGCGCUUCGGCGGCAGCAGCUGCUCGCAAAGAAGGGCUGGGAGAUCGCGAUGUCGCCUGCGAAGAACCUGGCGAUGAACUUCUUCAUGAUAUACAUGGGCGGCGUGGGCGGCAUCUUUGGAAUCUUUAUCCUCUUUUACGUGCUUCACAGCUGCUUCUCCUCUGCGCUGAACGUCCAGCGCGUGUUCGCCGGCGUCGAGAAAGACAGACAGACACUCGUCUCCUCUAGCACGGAUGCUGCCGCGGCGCGGCGCCGCGGCGCUCCACAGGAAGACGGCAGACUCGGUGCGCUGCUCUGGCUGCAGAAAGCCGUUUACCUCCUCAUCAGUCUGGGCGGCUGCCUGUACGUGCUCACCCACUGCGCCAAGGCGGGCCUCUUGCCGCUCAACAGCGGAGACUUCAUCGCGCUGAUCCCUGAAAAGCAGUUCUCGGUCGCCGCGGUGGGAGGCCUCUAG